CAUCGCACCUUUCGAAUUAUGUAAGUCGUAUGAAGGUCGCUGUUUAAGUCACGUUCAAAAUGUCUGUGCUUGGAUCUGUAGUUAACCCAUUUGUCGGUUCGACACUGCUGUUGGUAGUUGUUUUUGUGGCUUUAAUCUUUGUCUUUGUGCGGGGCCGCAAGAAGAACAACCUUCCCCCGGGUCCAUGGGGACUCCCACUGGUAGGCGUUCUCCCUUUCCUUGGGAGAGAUCCUCAACUUACCCUGAUGGAGUGGGCCAAGAUCUACGGCAACAUAUUCACAGUGAAGAUGGGGACCACCACAGCGGUUAUUUUGACCGGUUAUGAAGCUAUCCGAGAUGUGUUUCAGAGAAAAGGAGCGUUGACUUCUGGCAGGCCGCAUAUCCCGACAUUCGAUUUUCUCCAUGGGAGAGGGUUAGUGUGUGCUGAUUAUAGCAUGAAACAAAGAGCUCACCGGGAAUUCACCCUGAAGUAUCUGGCAAAAGCUGACAUCGAGAAACAAACUGAAGACGAGAUUGACGCUCUGCUGCAGUACAUCCGAGAUACAAAUGGCGAGCCGUUUGAUUUCAAUAGAACCAUCAGCUCUUCGGGGUCAAACAUCAUAGGUAGCAUUUUGUUCGGAGACAGACAGGAGUACGACGAUCCAGAUUUCAGAAAUUUGAUCGAUUCCUAUCGCCAUGCAGCCGAACUAAGUGCUCAAGCUUCAAUUCAGAACUUUCUCCCUUUCCUUUCAUUUUUGCCUCAGUGUAGCGAAGGCAAGGUGGCGUGGAACACGUUUGCAAGCCACGUCAAAAGGCUGCUAGACCAGCACAAGUUGGGGUAUGAUGCAGGCGCCACGAGAGGUCUUAUCGACGCUUUCCUGCACCAAUUUAAAACCGGUGACUCUGAGCAGAAGUGGCUGUAUACGGACGAAGACUUGCUUGCUAACUGCCAGUCACUUUAUUUAGGGGGCUCGGAAACAACGUCGACGACACUAACUUGGGGAAUGUUGUACCUCCUAUCUAACCCUGACGUCUGUGAAAAGAUCCAUGCAGAAUUGAAAGAAGUCGUAGGAAAGACACGACGCCCCAGUCUUGCCGACAGACCGCAUCUCCCUUUUGUUAACGCUACGCUAAUGGAAAUACAGCGCUGUAAUUAUAUUGUACCGUUCUCUCUACCGCACAAGGCUACAAAGGACACCUUUAUUGGGGGAUAUGUCAUUCCCGAAGGAACAAGCAUCUUGGCGAACUAUUGGUCUGUUUUUAUGAAUGAGGAUUUCUGGCCCAACCCGCGAGAAUUUCGACCUUCGAGGUUUUUCGAUGAACAUGGGAACUUAAAAAGAGUCGAGAAUUUUAUCCCAUUCUCCAUAGGAAAACGCUCCUGCCCUGGAGAAAUUUUGGCUCGCCAUGAGAUGUUUCUGGUGUUAACUGCCCUAGUCCAGACGUUCACGUUCCACGUGCCUAAGGGAGAAGUGCUUCCUGAACUAGCUGGCACCACGGGAGCGGUGUACGUGCCCCCGAGGUUCCGUGUAUGCGCCAGGCCAAGGGAUCUGACCAGUGACUGACCUUGUGACCACUGACUAACCUCGUGACCACUGACUGACCUGGUGUCCAAUGACUGACCUCGUGACCAAUGGCUAACCACGUGACUAAUACCUGACCUUGUGACCCCCAAGGGUUUUCGUGUUAUCACUUUUUAACAGUAUAUCGUAAAAAAAAAAAAAACAUUUAAUCCGACCGACGGCUCGAUCAAAAACGAGAUGACCAGAAGCACUAUUUUAUUAUUAAAAUGCACAACAUGUAUACUGCUAGUAGAAUACUAAGAAAAUAUUAUUUGAAUCAACUCUGAACCAAUGUAUAAAUGAAGGACACAUGAAAAAUGGAAUGUUGCGUUUUGGUAAUAUAUGUAUAUAUAAUAUAACACAGAUAGGGCCUCUUUUUGUACAGUUUCUAGUGACCUAACGUCGCAAUUCCUUACAUCGAGGCUUUCUUGCCCACCUGCGUCACUAUAGAGAAACGCGACGUAAAUAAACUAUUUAUAUCAUCAUGUAAGAAGAGUUAAUUUGAUCUUCUCCAUCCUCGUACAUCCUUACGACAAAAACACCGGAUGUCUCUUCGGAUUUUCCUGAGUAAUUUACCAACAGAUUCACUAACAGAUUUGAGAGUAAACAACAAAAGCGUUACAAGUGCCGAUGGUCUUUUAAAUUAAAACUAUCAGUAGAGCUCUAUAUGAAUAUUAUUAUUAUUAUUAUUAUUAUUAUUAUUAUUAUGAACAAUGUCCCUUGUGGUACACAAACAGAAUAGAUGAUAUCGCGUGUACCAAGACGACUGCGCAACCCCACAUCGAGCUCGCAGAAUCACUGUUUUUCUUCAAAACC